AUGGAGAAUCUGCUAAAUUUUAUAAAAACUUACGAGCAGGGUGUUAAUGAAGAACAGAUUAGGAUUAUGAACCCUACAUUAACUAAAGAAUCGUUGGUGAAAUACCUUAAUGGACUAAUAAAAUCUAAUAAUAUAACUGUAUACAAAAACGGUAAUACGAUUUUUUAUAAGGCGGUGGUUAAUGCAUCUGACGAUUAUGAGACGCUUAUUAUAAAUUUAAUCGCACAAAGUGGUACCGAAGGAAUGUGGAUUAAAGAAAUUAGAGAAAAAACCAAUAUGCCACAAAAUCUAAUCUUAAAAAUACUUAGCAGUAUGGAAAAUAGGCGAGUUAUAAAAAGUAUAAAAAAUAUUAAGAAUAAUCGUAAAGUAUAUGUUUUAUAUGAUAUUAUUCCAUCUGAUGCAAUUACUGGUGGAUUUUGGUUUAACGAUAACGAAGUCGAUGUCGAAUGCGUAAAAAAUGUUGGUAAAAUUGUGUGUAAUUAUAUUAAACAGAAAACAUUUAUUGAUAACGAAAAUGCGAUUAAUAAAUAUUCGAAUAAUCCAUCACUUUCAGAAAUAACGGAAUUUAUUAAUACGCUUAAUUUUUUAAAUAGUAAAGUUAAAGAUGAAGAACUUAAAAUUUUAUUAAAUACGCUUAUAUAUGACGAAAAAAUAGAAUUACUGAUGGAUCAAGGUAUUGAAAGAUAUAGAUACCUUAAAUAA